GGAUGGAGGCUGGUGCCAGGCGGCUGCAUUUUAACUCUGCUCUUUGAAGCUUCACAGGCAGAAGUUCUGCUGGUGGAGCUGGCAUUUCUUGGAGGAGGUGGGGCGUUCCUUGGAGGAGUUGCACCAGCUGAAUGGCUGCCGGUCCCCAGGAGCAGGGCCAGGAAUCAGGUUAUGGGUGUUUCCAUUGUGCAAAAGCCUAGCAGACAGCAAAAACCUUUCCACCAAAAACCUAGCAGACAGAAGUUCGACAGGGGAAGAUAUUUACCUUCAUGAUAGAUAAGGCAGGAAGGAACAGGCUCAUCUGCCGAAAUCCUGCAGCACACACUCAAGCAUUGGCCCUGCCGCUUUGGCAAGCUGGUGUUCAGCAGGUUUGGCUUCCUCGCCACUGCUACAAAUACUUCACCUGUGUAAUAUCUGCCUGCCCAGUUAAAAGCGAAAAAGUAACACUUUGGGUUUAGAGUCUUUUGGUUUAAAAAGAGAGGGUAGCUUGAAUUGGGUCAUGUGUCUUUUAAAGGAGCAGUUUGACAAGUGGGGGGGAGGAGGGAGGUGUGUCCUCACCUGGGCAAAGCCUUCUGGCAGGACUGCUUAAAAUCAAGCAAGAGGAGGCUGUUUAUGCAAGAAAGCUAAUGAGAAAGGGACGUGACCCCCCUACCCUCUCAGGGUCAGGGCCAUAGUGUACCACGGCAUUCUUCUUAGGAUCCGUAGUACCCGUCUGAUAGAGCAUUGAAUUAGGAGCAGCGAGACUUGAGUUUGAAGCACCACUUUGCUGUGAAACCCACACUGGGAUAACCUUGGACCAAGACCUCCCACAGCUUAUUUGAGGCCAAAACAGAGCCUCAGGUACACUGUUCUAAUUUCCUGGGAAGAAAGCCUGGCUGAAAACAGGAAUCUGUUGGAAGAGGGGCUUCCUCCACCUGCAGCACAGGUGCAGGGCAUCUUGCAGGAUAAGAAACCACUCCAGACAGCCAGUCAGUUGGAAAGCGUAGAAAGAUUUAUCACCCUCUCCUUGGAAGACACGUUAUGAAUACUUUCUGGAACAUGUCUACAAGUUCUGCGCGCAAGAGGCCUGAAACAGAAGAAAAGGCCCUGGCUGGUGAGCCGAAGAACAGCCCUCCCCGCACCGCCCCCAAAAAGCAGCUGCCGACAAUUCCCAAGAAUGCCGUGCCCAUGACCAAACCCGCUUCUCCUGCCCUUUCUGCUCAGUCAACAAAUGGAACGCAUGCCUCUUAUGGACCUUUCUACUUGGAGUACUCCCUCCUGGCAGAAUUCACUCUGGUCGUGAAGCAGAAGCUGCCGGGUGUCUACGUGCAACCCUCUUACCAAUCAGCAUUAAUGUGGUUUGGAGUGAUAUUCAUACGGCACGGCCUGUAUCAGGACGGUGUGUUUAAAUUUACAGUCUACAUCCCUGACAACUAUCCAGACGGCGACUGCCCACGCCUGGUCUUCGACCUGCCCAUUUUCCACCCGCUAGUCGAUCCCGUCUCGGGAGAACUGGAUGUGAAAAGAGCCUUUGCCAAGUGGAGGCGAAACCAUAACCACAUAUGGCAAAUCCUGAUGUACGCCCGCAGAGUUUUUUAUAAAAUUGACACUACCAGCCCUCUAAAUCCCGAAGCUGCUGUGCUGUAUGAAAAGGACGUCCAGCUUUUCAAAAGCAAGGUGGUUGACAGUGUUAAGCUGUGCAGCAGCCAUUUAUUUGAUCCACCGAAAAUAGAGGAUCCCUAUGCAAUUAGUUUUUCACCGUGGAAUCCAGCUAUACAUGAUGAAGCUAGAGAGAAGAUGUUGAGCCAGAAGAAGUCCGAGGAUUCACAGUGCAAAAAUAUGCAAGUGUCUGGCCUGUCGUGGGUAAAGCCCGGCUCGGUGGAGCCUUUCAGCAAAGAGGAGAAGACUCUGCCGACUUAAGUCCUGCAGACCGGGAAGAAAAAGCACUCAACACUUUCUGCAGGAAAACGGAAUGUAACAGAGAGCCAGAUGGCAAAGCAGUGGAUUUUUUUUUUCCUUCUCGACUUUGGAUUAGUAAAGAGUAAAACGCUAGCGGUGACUUGAGUAAACCCGCUCAAGCGGAUUGGCUUGGACUCUUCUUGAUGUUUUCACACGUGUUUUAACUGCAGCCUGCAAGUUGGGAAGUAGCUCAUAACUUGGCGGGGCUUUUGGUAGCAGAGUCCACCUUGGGUGGCAGAUAUCUUCGUAUGCUGACAUUCUUAAGUGGGUUACUUUUAAGCUUUUAUUAUUUUUCCUUCAGGACUAGGUGGGUUUUUUUUAAUUUAAAAGAGCAGGCAGAAGAUACUUUGUUGCAGAGGUAACUUUGUGUUUAUGUAAACUAAUAUAGAGUAAAAUACUAUAUUUAAAAACUUUUAAAUGCAUUUGGUUUCUACUGUAAAUAUAUUAGGAUAUGGAAUUUGUAAAUAGUGGUUUUCGGAUUCCUUGCUGCCCCAUACAAUGGCAAUAAGGCUGAAAUUGGCAUGUACCAUGAUAUGUAAACUGAUUUCUAGCAUUGUCGCUACAAGCUGCCUUCUAGCGUAGCUUUACCCCCAUCUUGAGAUCCACAAGUCAAUUGCCUGCAACCAUCAUAUUGUGGGGAGAGAACCGAACUAGAUCUCGUUCCCUGCAAAGAAUGGACACAUGGCAAAAGUUUCAACAACGGUCAAGAGAAUGCAGUGUUGCCUUUUUAAAAUCUUCCUCCUGUUUGUGAUAUUUGCAUGCAUCUUAAAAUGCCGGUCUUGAGAUGUGUUAGGUCUACGCUAGGAGGCAGCCUUAAAUUGCUCAUUAGUCAGGCUGAACGGCAAAUCGUGCCGUCGUGAGUGGACGGUUACCAGGUUUUGUAUGACUAGAACAAAAAUAAACUCUUUAAUAGGGUGAAAUUUGUGGCUUAAUAAAGUCUUAGAGGGUCUGGGUAGCUUCUUAGCGAUGGCAGGCUGACAAGACUAAUGUGUGUUUAGUAGUGGCAUCUUAAAAAUAAAAAGACCAAUCAUGAUAAAA